AUGGUCCGAAGAGACAUAGUCCGCGGUCACAACGAUGCAACAUACGACAUUGUACCUAAACAAGAUCAACUCUUUAAUGUCGAGUUCCUCGAGAUUGCGCCAACGCCUAUCAUCGCCGACCGCGUCUUUUUCGUCUACCUACGCGGCUAUCUACCCGAAUCUACUAACACCCUCGCACUCUACGACAAGGGCCUCGUCGACGCAACCCUCACAGUGAGCGGCUCUGUCAUCUACCCGGAUGGUCGCUACGAGGACCCAAGGUCCCUUACAAUACCAUGA